AUGAUCACUGUUGUUGCGACCUUCAUAACAAUAGCGUACCUAUUCUUCGUCGCCUCGUGGGCUUAUUUUUCAAUGUUUACUUUCCUGUCAACGCUCUACGCAAAUUGUCUAUUGGCUACUUUGAAUGCUCGAAUUUUCAUCCAGAAUUCAUCCCAGCAUUAUCAGUUAUCAACAGCACUUUUCGACGGUAAUGACGGAGAACUUGAGGGCGUCAAUGGCAAUAACAAAUAUCGCUUUGUCACCGCCAGAAUGCCGUGUCUUUGGGGAGAGUUCCGUCACUAG